AUGGUCGCAGACGCUUUGGUUUACCACCCGGCUUUGGCGCACUACCUGCGCUUUGCUGCUACUACCCUCGGUCGUGACAAGCUCCUCCGUACCCUCCAAUACUUCUCUCGCUUCUAUGCCUGGUACCUGUACCGCACCAACCAAGCCGAGUCCGCUAUCGCCCCAUUUAAUGCGAUCAAGAAGCAGUUUGCAACAACAAGAAAGGUUCUGAGGAUUGGAAAGUUCAUUGAGCACCUCAAGGCGGCUGCUCUUGCGGCUGACAACAAAGGCCCUGUCGACCCUGUGCUCCGCUACCUUGCCAUCGGUCGUCAGCUCGGUUAUGCUGGCUACCUGUCCCUAGACAGCAUUAUCUUGUUUGAUGCCAUUGGAGUCCGCAAAGUCGCUGCCGCUAAGCGGAUGCAAGAUUCUUCUUACCGUUGCUGGAUCUCCGGGCUGGCCUGCAGCGCCCUUGCUGGUGUCUACACCCUGUGGAGGUUGAAGCAGAAGGAGAAGACCCUUGAUCUGAAGGAGGGGGAGGGCGUGGUGGAGGCGAAGAAGCUUGAAAAGGAACGUGCUGCUGCUCGUCUUCAACUCAUUUCCGACCUCCUCGAUCUGACUAUCCCCGUUUCUGGCGUUGGCCUUGUAUCUCUCGACGACGGAAUUAUUGGUAUCGCCGGUACAAUCAGUAGUUUGAUCGGCGUGUGGAGCCAGUGGCGAAAGACCGCCUAA